UACAUAACAAUAUUAAAUUUCCUAGUUUUACACACCCAUAAUUAAUGAGUGUCUUCGCAUUUUGAGAUACAAUUUGUAAUUAAAUCCUCUUUUUUUUUCAAAUUUACAGAUUUUGCGGUAAACUUUAAAGUGCCAAGUUGAGAAACAUGUCUUUGUUCAACAGCAGUUACAAUUCUCGUUUAAUACGUCUCAUUAUCGAAAUUAAUCGAGCAAAAGAGAAAUUGUAUUUAAAAAAUAUUUAAAACGAUAACGAGAAAAGAGGGAAUUUUCAGUUUUCCACGUUUAAAUCUGCUGCUCAUAAUUACGACGAAAGAUGGCAUGUAUGUGCUUCCAUCUACUAUCGUUUUACGGAGAUAUUCUUUCGAAAAUACUGAUUGGCUGUCGAGGCAAUGGAUGGCCAAUCACCGAUCAGCAUAAACCUGGCAUAUAUCAGAUUGAUUGAAUUUGAAAGGGGUUUUGUUUACCGGUUCGCAUUACUUUUAUCAUCUGCAGCGAUAAAUUACCGAAGGAAAUGAAGGAAUAGCCGAGUUGAUUUUCAAAUGAAUGCUUGAACGCUUGAGAUGAUUCGAUCAUCGGCGCCUAGUCAAAGGGGGAAACGGCCUCUGCUCUUGGAUCUACCGCACAACAUUGUGGAAUUGACUCCGUCCGAAAAUUAUACACAGGCGUCGAAAAGAAGAACCUGCAAGAAUGUCAAGGAUAUACAGAUAUCGGAACGCAAAUCUGUUCCCCUUUCUGACAAUGGCGUUUGCACGAUGCAGAAAAUAGUAUCCGAGCACGAAGAGAGAGUGAGGAAGCUUCUCAGUAAACCCUUUCAAAUACCAAUACCUGGUUACCAAUUGUCCGGACGAGUUCUUGGAUUACGUCUGCCAGGACCACGCAGGUCGUUGCAUGAUCCUGACGAACCCAACGCAUUGAUUGUCUAUUCACCACCAGAAUUAUCGGAGCACGAUAGACUGAAAGUAGAUACAUGCAAGCAGCUCGUACACGUAGUUGUGGAUCCCAUACUGUGCAAUGUAUUACGACCGCAUCAACGCGAAGGCGUGAAAUUUAUGUACGAAUGUGUCACGGGCAAACGUAUAGAGAACGCAUACGGCUGCAUCAUGGCAGACGAAAUGGGCCUCGGCAAAACGCUGCAGUGCAUAACUCUGUUGUGGACAUUGUUGAAGCAAGGACCGGAGGCUAAACCACUAAUAGAGAAAGCAAUUAUAGUCGCGCCCAGUUCUUUGGUGAAGAACUGGGACAACGAAAUUAAUAAGUGGCUGAAAAACAUGGUCAACACUGUCGCUAUCGACGGAGGAAAGAAAGCGGAGAUUGACCAGAAACUCAUCCGUUUUAUGAAAACCUACGGCAGAUGCGUGACGCCCAUUCUCAUUAUAAGUUACGAGACGUUUCGUUUACACGCACACGUCCUGCAUCAGGACGAAGUGGGCCUGGUAUUGUGCGACGAGGGUCACCGCUUGAAGAAUUCUGAAAAUCUAACGUACCAAUCCUUAAUGGGUUUGAAAGCCAGGAGAAGAGUGUUGCUCAGCGGCACGCCCAUACAAAAUGAUCUUCUGGAGUAUUUUUCCCUCGUACACUUCGUUAAUCAAGGAUUAUUAGGAACUGCACAGGAAUUUCGAAGAAGGUAUGAGACGCCCAUAUUACGUGGCCAAGACGCAGCUGCGACUGACGCGGAACGUGAAGUCGCUGAGGAACGUUUGUCUGACUUAGUAUCCAUUGUUAAUAAAUGUCUCAUUAGACGUACCAGCGCUUUGCUUUCGAAAUAUUUGCCAUUGAAGUACGAGCUCGUGGUAUGCAUAAAAAUGGGAGAACUGCAAACGCGUCUCUACAAGAAUUUCAUACAGAGUGAUAGUAUAAAAAGAUCUAUGGAAGAAAAAGAUAAUUCAAAGAAGGGAGGCAGUUUGUCGGCUUUGGCCGCCAUAACUCUCUUAAAGAAGCUGUGCAAUCAUCCCGACUUGAUAUACGAUAAAAUCAUGGAAAAGGCAGAGGGACUUGAGAGAGCUGCAUCUUUGUUACCGCCAAAUUACUCGACAAGAGUGCUGUUACCAGAAUUAUCGGGCAAACUGAUGGUUCUCGAUUGCCUCCUAGCGUCUAUUAAAACCACAACGAACGACAAAAUAGUACUAGUGUCCAAUUAUACGCAGACCCUCGAUUUGUUCGAGAAACUCUGCCACAAACGUUCAUACAAUUACGUGAGGCUCGACGGUACGAUGACGAUUAAGAAAAGAGCGAAAGUAGUCGAGAAUUUUAACAGUGACAGCAGCAACGAUUUCAUCUUUAUGCUCAGUUCGAAAGCCGGUGGAUGCGGCUUGAAUCUCAUCGGCGCGAAUCGUCUCGUCAUGUUCGAUCCAGAUUGGAAUCCCGCAAACGAUGACCAAGCGAUGGCCAGAGUCUGGAGAGACGGUCAGAAGAAACCGUGCUUCGUCUAUCGUUUUCUUUCUACUGGAACGAUAGAGGAAAAAAUUUUCCAGAGACAAGCCCAUAAGAAAGCAUUGAGUUCUACGGUGGUCGAUCAAGAGGACGACGUGGCGAGACAUUUCACCAUAAACGAUUUGCGUGAUUUAUUCAAAUUGGAGGAGAAUACGGUUUCUGAUACGCACGCAAAGUUCAAAUGCAAACGUUGUGUCAAUGGCAUCGAGGUGAAGGGUCCGUCGGAGCAAUCUGAUUGCAAUUCCGAUCUGUCCGACUGGCGACACUCGCACAAUCCGCGGCAUUUGCCGGACAUACCGUUACGACAAUGUUGGGCUAGCGGUAUUUCAUUUGUUUUCCAUCAUCGUUCACAUGAACAAGUAAAAUGACUCUUGUCUGACGAUCUGUUAGCAAUUUAUUUCGAAAUUUUUAAAGUAGAUACAUCAAUGACAUUGGUAAGAAAUAUUGUAACUGCAAGAGAUUAUCUUAUUAAGAAAUUUAUUUGUUCAAUGGUUUUUCUUUCUUGAAAAUAAAAACAGAAUCUGUAA